AUGGCAUGUAUCAUGAAGGCACCGUCUAUUACCGCGGAUCUCAGUUGCGCCAGUGUCCUUACGGCAAAACGACAUGUGGAACUCUCGCCCCCAACGACGGCCCUGGCGUGUAGAAAUACCUUCAGCGUCUCUCAUGCCUCGAAGCACCCUUGCGCUGCGGUGGCAAAGUGCUUCUUGGAUGAGCGCAUUCCGCAGCAACGAGAGGACAUGGAUGCACAACGCAGCGCCAUUCGUCAACACCAGCAGGCGAAACGUCGCGAAAUCACUGAGGCUUCUGAGAGGAGGAACGCAGUGGGCACCAGUGAAACGGUUAUUGGACUAAAAUGUUUAAUGCGCCAUGCCGCCGAGCAUAGUAUUCGCCACGCCCAUGUGUUGCAGUAUCACCCGACGGUUAUUAGUUUUAUGCGCCAGACCUGGCAGUGGCUUCUUCAACAGGUGCAAACGUACCUAAGCGGGCCCGACACCAGCGAGAUUGCAGAAGCUGAAGCGCAGCUUGCAGACCGGUGCCGAGAAGCACUAGAAAAUAUAUCGGCUCUUGGUGUGUGGUUUUCCGGGGCCAUGUCGAUUCCCUUUCGUCGCUACUCUGUUUGCGCCCCCGCGAAGGAUGGCACGCUGCAAGACUUUGUUUUGGUUGGUCUGGCGUCGUUCACGUACUCUUCGCACGUUAUGGACGACCGCCGCCUCGCCCAGGAGGCCACCCUUGCCGAACUUGAACGACUCUCCAAGCGGCUCGGUGUGAGUCUUCUUUUUUUGCCCCCUUUGGUCCUGCCUGAGGAACCCCUGCGGGAGAACUGCGGUUGCACCCACACUGAAGAUUCUGCCUAG